AUGGCGCGGACGGACGGCCAGCUUGCGCUGCUCCACGUGCAGCGCGCCAAUCGCCCGCGCAUUGCGCCAAUCCUCCGCGUUGUCGCUACUGGCGCGGCCCCGCUCCCGGCGGUGGCGCUCGCGGCGCAAGGGCAGCUCGCGAAAGGGCAGGCGGCGCAAGGGCAACUAGCGCAAGGGCAGGUGCAACUAGUCGCAGCACGUGCGGGUCCGGUAGGGGCGCCACAGCAGGCUGGGCCCCCGGGGAAGGGCGCCCCCCCUUCCGCCACUUCUGCUGCUCCGCCUGCGCCUGCUGUCCCCCCGCCCGCUGCUGCUGCCCCGCUCGCAGGCGCCGCCGCCCCGCCGUCCGCCUCCUCCGCCGCAGCGGAAGCAGCGCGCGAACAGAAGGCGGUGGCGGAAAAGGAUGCAGGAGAGGAACCCUUAAAGGGCGCAGCGGGUGCAAAGGGAGAGGUUGGGGGGCUGGGGGAGAGGGAGGGGGAGGGGAAGGGGGAGGGGGGGAAGGGGAAGGCCGGGCGGAAAGCGGAAGGGGCGGAGGGUCGAAAGCGGAUGGAGGAGGUGGAGGAGGAGGAGGAGGAGGAGGAGGAGGAGGAGGAGGAGGAGGAGGAGGAGGAGGAGGAGGAGGAGGGAGGGGAGGAGGAGAGGGAGAGGUGGAAGGCGCAGAGGCAGGUGCGCGCAGGGGGAAGCAUGCAGGUGCUGCAGGCAUGGCAGGAACAGGAGACAGAGGAGAGGGUGGGGGAGGGGGUGGAGGAGGAGGGAAAGGAGGAGGGAAGGGAGGAGGGGCAUGCCCCUCUGCCGCCCAAACAAGCCGCCCCUGCCAAGCAUGCCGCCCAGUCGAAGCAGUCUGCCGCCCAGAAGCGGGCGGCGGGGGGGAAGCAGCCGCUGAGCCCCACUAGGCAUUCUGCCAGGCUGGCACUGAUCUCGCCCGCCCGGAAGAAAGGGCGGUGGGGUCGGGAGGAGUGGGAGGGCGGUGAUGGGGAUGAAAGGGAGGAGGGAGAUGGGGGGAGGAAGGAGGGGAGCAAGAAAGGGGCAGGGAAGGAGGAGGAAGGUGGAAGAAGGGGGGCGGAUGGGGAGAGAGAUGGGGAAGGGAAAGGGGACGAUGGGCGGAAGGGGAAAGGCGUGUGGAAGGGGAGAAUGGAGAGCGGUGCAGAUGGUAAAGCGAUGGGUCGCACGGAAAAAGGAGGCAGCAAGGGAGUGCGAGAGGAAACGAGCAGCAGAGGUGGAGUGAAGGGGGAGAAGGAGAGGUGGGGGGGGAAGGGGUUACGGGAGAGAGGAAGUCAGUGCGGCAAGGAAGGGGUAGAGGAGAGUGGGGGGGAAAGGCAAGGGGAGAGGAAAGGGGAGAAGGGAGGAGGGACACGAAGGGAAGUUGGAGGUGUAGGAGGGGAGGCUGGAGGACGGUUUUCAAGGAAGAGGAGGCGAGGAGAGGCGGAUGACGAUGCCGGUGCCGGUGCUGGUGGUGGUGAUGGGAGUGGCGCUGCUGCUGGCGCUGUUCCUGAUGCUGCUGAUGUUGCUGCUAUUGCUGUGACAGGGUCGAGCGAACGGGAUAGGCAAGAGGGACGAGAAGGGAGGGAAGGGAGAGAGGGAAAAGAGGGGCGAGAGGGACGAGAGGGGAGAGAAAGAGCAGACAGUGCAGAGGAGGCAGAGCAGCAAUGGAGCAAGGGUCCCAUGGUUGAGGGGAGGGGUGCAGAACGGAGGGACGGGCAGAGGGACGGGCAGAGAGUUGGUGCAACAACCCCCACCAAAGCCAAAGCCAAGGCUACUCCUAGUGCUGCCGCUGCUGCUGCUGCUGCUGCUCGCCCCAUGGCUCCCCCAUCCACUCGCUCCGCUACCGUCCUUUCCCCCCCUCGCCCCUCCUCUCGCCCUCCCCCUCGCGCCUCCCCCCGCGCCCCCCCACCUGCUCCCCCGCGCCCGGCUGUCCCGUCUGCAGCAGCGGACCGAGCAGCAGCAGCCAUGGCUGCUGCGAGGAGCCUGGGAGGGGGGUUGGACUGGCCUCCUGCUGUCACUUCCGAGGCACAGACUUGCUCUGACGCCCACGCCACUCCAGGGAGCCUUGAAAUUCCAGAGAAUCCCGAGGGUUCAGAGAGUUUUGAGGCUCUUCAGAUGGGUGGGAAGGCUGUAAAGGCAGCAGAGGUGGUGGUGGUGAAGUCUGAAGCAGAGGCGAGGGGGAGGGGUGGGGCCAAGGUGGGUAUGGUGGGGGAGGGUGAGAAGGGUGGUGCGGGGAGGGGGAGUGAAGGGGGGAGGAGAGGGGGGGAGGAAGUGAGGGGGAGAGGGGGAAGGGUGGCAGGGGCGGCAGGUGUGGGAGGAGUGGUGAAGAUUGGAUUCGCGGGUGCGGCGAGGGGUGGUGGGAUGGGGGAGGUACGUGGUGAUGGUGGGAAGGGAGAUGACUGGAUUAUGUUGGAGCAAGAGGAGGAGGGGGAGGAGAGAGGGAAGGGAGGAGGGAGUGAGAGGGCGGAGCAGGGGGGGAUAGCAUUGGAAGAAGAGGGAGAGGAGGAGAGUGUGGAUGUGGAGGAAGCUGAUGAUGAUACUGAUGAGGAGGGGGAGGGGGAAGAUGAGGAAGAUGAAGAGGAGGAUGAGGAGGGGGAUGAUGAGGGGGGGGUUGACAUGGAUGGGGGGACGGUGGCAGCGUUGGCAGCAGCGGGGAUAGACAUCAGCAUGCAUGGCACGCGGAGCCUCUCAGAGGCUGACGUGGCAGCUGCUUGCCACCAGGUUAAGGUGCUGGUACUGCCUCAUCCUCCCCACCCCCUUCAUCCUCCCCACCCCCUUCAUCCUCCCCACCCCCCUCAUCCUCCCCACCCCCCUCAUCCUCCCCACCCCCCUCAUCCUCCCAUCCCUGUUUACAUCAGGUACGGGGCGGCCUUCAUAAUGGCUCUGCUCCAUGAGGUGGCACGGGAGGCAUCGUACCGGCGCCACCUCCACUGGCCGUCCAUCGCCGCCCGCCUCUCGGCCAAUCACAGCUUCCCCGUCACCAGCCUGGCGCUCUGCCAGCUGCUCUGGCGCUGGCUGGCCUACGGCCGCCCCUUCUCGCACCUGGACACUCUACCCUCCGUGCCCCUGCUGGUAAGAUGCUGCUCCCCUCAGGUGUUUUCGCCUCUGCCAGCUGCUCUGGCGCUGGUUUGCCUACACCUCCCCUUCUCGCACCUUGACACCCUCCCCUCCGCACCCCUGUUGGGCAAGGCACUGUGUGUGUGGCAUGAAGAGGAGGGGAGCGAUUUGGGGGACGAGUUUGAAUACCCAGAGGAGGAGGAGAGCGGCCUAGAGGAUGAGCUGGAGUGCCCUCUGGACACAUUGGAGGAGGAGGAGAGCGAUUUGGAGGACGAGCUCGAAUACCCGCUCGACACGUCUCCUCACCUCAUUUCCGCCGCUGCAUCGUUUGUCAAGGUUGACUUGGCUGAUUCGGGCAUUGCCUAUGGGUGGUACCACUCAUGCCACCCAGGGAAGCACGACACCUCUGAGGCGCCUCAAAAGCACGACACACGGCAGCAGCAGCAGGCGGAUGGAGGAGGGCAGACGCACAAGGAGCAAGGCACGGCACAGGCCAAGGAUCGCCAGCAGGAGGCGUGGGAGGAGCAGGCGCGGCAGCAGCAGCGGCAGCAGCACACACAAGGAGAGAAUUUUCAUGACCCUUGGGACUUAGGCACCCCCGAUCCUGCCACCCCUGCCCUUUCGACUGCCCAGACCCACACCCCUCUGCACCCUGUCGACCCUGCUGCUGCUGAGAUUGGGGUGGGGGAGAUGGGGAUAGAGGAGGGAAGAUGGGAAAGAGGGGACGUGGAGAGGGGAGGGGAGGGGGGAAAGAAGCGGAAAUGGGAGGGGAUGAGAGAAGGGAGGGGAGAAGGGCAGCAGGGACGGAAGGGAGGGACAGGAAAGGUGGGCGAUGGGGGGGAGGGGGAAGACGGGGAUGGGGGGGAUGAAGGUGGGGAGGGUAAGGAUGGGGAGGAGGAUGAGGACGAGGAGGAGAACAAGCCGGUGGCUCGGCUGGUGAGUCAACACGCGCCAGUGCCCAAGGCUACAGAUGGUUCAAAGGGGGAGGGUGGGAUGGGAAAGGAGCAGGGCAAGACAGGGGAUGGAGCCGGAGGAGGAGUAGCAGGAGCCGGAGGAGGAGUAGCAGGAGCCGGAGGAGGAGUAGCAGGAGCCGGAGGAGGAGUAGCAGGAGCCGGAGGAGGGAGUCGGAAGGCAUUGGGGAAGGGUUCAGAAGAAGCAGCCUUGGCUGCAGGGGCAGGGGGGGGAGGAGGGGAAGGGGGAGGGAAGAAGGACGGAGCGAAAGCCGCUGCCGGAAAGCCAGCAGCAGCAAAGGCAUCGACAGGCGGUGGGGGGGAGGGUGGGGCAGGCGAGAAGAAGACCAGCAGCAGCAACGCCCAGCCGGCCAAACCCAGCAAGGCAGGCGCCGCUGCCGCUUCUGCAUCUGCUGCUGCCGCUGCCUCUGCCUCUGCUUCUGCCGCUGCCGCUGCUGCUGCAGGUAGUGCAGGCGGGGGCAGUGGCGGCACAGAGGGAAAGGGGGCUGCAGGGGGAGGGGGAGGGGCAGCAGGGGGAGCACGGGGCACAGCGGGGGAAGCGGGAGGGGGAGCAGGAGCAGCGGAUGGAGAGGCGAAGAAGAAGCGCAAGGCAUGGACGCCCGAUGAGGACAAGCUGCUGCUGAAGGCGGUGGAGGUGUAUGGCGAGGGGCAGUGGGGGCGCGUGCUCAAGAGUGAUUUGGGGAUUGAGAGGAACGCUGCCCAGCUAUCCCAGCGCUGGUACAUUCUACGAAAGAAGUUUGAGAAGGAAGGAGUGCCCAUCCCGGGCCGCAAGGCAAGGGAGGCUCGGGAGGCAGCAGCGAGAGAAGCAGCAGCUAAAGAAGCCGCAGCGAAAGAAGCAGCGGCGAAAGAGGCGGCUGCUAGGAAGGCUGCUGCUAGAGAGGCUGCUGCGAAAGAGGCAGCGGCGAAAGCAGAAGCUGCUGCGAGGGUAGCAGCAGCAAGGGAAGCGGCGAGAGAAGCAGUGAGGGAGGCAGCAAGGGAGGCAGCAGCUAGGGAAGCAGCAAGAGAAGCAGCAGCUAGAGCGGAGGCUGAAGCGGCUGGUAAGGCAGGAGAGGGUGGUGUGGGAGGGGAGACUGGGGAUGGGAAUGGGGCAGGGAUGCAGCAGCAGCAACAGCAGCAGCAACUGCAGCCAGCGCAGCAGAGAGGAACAGCGAGUAGCAGUGGUGGUUUGGGGGAAGCACCCAACCAAUGGGCUCACAGAACCGGAUCUGCUGCAGUGCCAGUUGGCAGUUCGGGAUUGGCCCGUGGGAUGGCUAGUGGGGCGGCAGGCAGGGGUGCGAGUGGGAGGGGAACGACAGGCAGGCUGACGUCAGCACAGGCAUGGGCGCAGCAUCAGCAGCAGCAGCACCAGCAGCACCUGCAGCAGCAGCAGCAGUUGCUGCAUCAGCAACAGCAGCAGCAGAGGCGGAUGGCAACUGCUAUGGGCCGAGGCAGGGGCUUUCCAGGAAACUCCCCAUAUGCUUCCGCAGCUGCUGCCUCAGCCGCCGCCGCUGCCGCUGCUAAUGCUGCCAAAUCGGCAACAGCUGGUGGUUAUUCAACUGGUGGGCUUCCGGGCGGCAGAGGUGCUGUAGCAGGGGCGGGUGGGCGGGCGGCAGUGGGCGGCGGUAUGAUGGGUAGGAUGGGUGUGGGGAGAGGACGAGGGGUGGGUAACCCAGGAGCUGCUGCUGCAGCAGCAGCAGGGAGAGGAUCAGCAUCAGGUUCUGCAGCAGGAGUAGGAGCAGCAGCAGGAGGUAUGGGAGGAGUGGGAGGAGGGAUAGGAGGGGGACCUAGGCCAGGCAUUGGCUCAGUAGGGCGUGCAUCCAUGCACCCACACUCCUCCCACCCCUCCCACCCCUCCCUCUCCUCCUCCCGCUCCCCUUACACCUCCCUCUCUCACUCACACGCACCUCUCGCCCCGGACCCACUGGUGCAGGCGGCAGCAGUGGCAGCAGGGGCGCGGAUAGCACCUCCCUCAGCUGCCGCCUCCCUCAUGCAGGCCGCUGCGGGCAAGGCAGGUGCGCCUGUGGUGGUGCACCACAUCACCCGCUCGCCCCAUACCUACAGCUCAGGCUCGGCAGCAGGGUUUGUGCCUGGCGGUGGAGGUUCGGGAAGGCCUGGAGUGGGGGCGGUGGGAGGGGCAGGUCGGGGUGGGGGAGGGCAGAGUGGGAGAGGGAGAGGGGUUGCCAUGUCUUCUGCUGCUACAGCCGGUGCUGCUGUAGUUGGUUCAGGGGGAGGGAGGGGAGGGGUAGGGGGAGUGGGGAGAGGGGCAGGUGCGUCUGUGCCAGGUGGCCAAACCUCAUUGGCUGGGAGUAAACCAGUGGGGCAAAGUGCCUCUUCGGGAAUGCCCCCAGCAGGCGCACAGGGGAGUGCAGGGGGAGUUGUAGGCGCACAGGGGGGCGCAGGGGGAGGUGCAGGCGCACAGGGGGGCGCAGGGGGAGGUGCAGGCGCACACGGGGGCGCAGGGGGAGGUGCAGGCGCACACGGGGGCGCAGGGGGAGGUGCAGGCGCACACGGGGGCGCAGGGGGAGGUGCAGGCGCUCAGGGGGGCGCACAGAGCAACACCAUGCAAGCAGCACUGCCAGCAGUGCCAGCAACAACACCACCUGUUUCAGCAGCGCCAGCAGCAGCAGCAGCAGCAGCCCCAGCAGCAGCAGCAGCAGUUGCUACGCCUCCUGCUGUUGACUCGCCCAAACCGCCUUGA